AUGCAUUUACUUUCCUUCCUAUUACUGACUCUCCCGCAGUUGAUUGAGAGCCAAACCGUUUUUUUUAGAUAAAAAAAUUUACCGUCCAUGAACAAAGUUUUGAGUAAAAAAAAAUUCAUAAAAAAAUUAAAUAUAUAAAUGAGAAUUAUUGCAAUUAAAUCAAAUUUCACAAUAUAAAAUGGCAGGCAGUUAGGGGUAGGACCGAACUCCUGCAACCGAGUUCACUAGAGAAGUCCAGAUUUCUUGAGAGUCUCAGCUCAAAGAUAAGUGAUCUAUUAUGAGGCUGAUGCGGAUAGAGAGGGCCUAAGGGACUGGAAACUUAAUAAGAUCUAACGGUUAGGCCAGACUUAUCUACUGUCACUCAUAGCUGUGUUCAAGUUGAGUAUAACAGUAACACAGGACUUACAAGCAUUUUCUUAAACUUAAAUUAAAUUUUACUUUUCAAUUAUUGCCUAUAAAAUUCAAAAAAAAUAAACCCCCCUUGAUAUAGUUAAUUUUUAUGCCAACUUGAGUAAGCAUUUCAAAUUUAAGUGCUUCUUCAGUAACACUUACCUGCAACCUAAACUGGUGUCCAUCAAGUUGGGUACUUUUUAUGUAGCUUGGAGAUGGGUAUUGCGAUUUUAACUGUAUGAACUCUUAUUGUGGGUAUGAUAUCGAUCCAAAAUGAAAUUCUGACGACCCAUCAUAUUCAGACUGCUACAAUGACUGCGUAUACACAGACGGCUGCAACCCAGAUCUACUCGGGGACGGAAAAUGCGACUCUUCCUGCAAUACUUGACGAUGUGGAUAUGACUGAGGCGACUGUGGGUACUGCACAGGAUCCUGUAACUUUUAUGUAGGUUACCAAGUUUUACUAGGAACAGGUACUUGUGAAUCCAAAUGCAACGUUGCUGAGUGCUAUUAUAAUAUUGGGACUUGUCAAGAGUGCUCAAAUGGCUGUGGAGCUGCACUUCUAGGCGAUGGCAAUUGUGACUCAGAGUGUAAUAAUGCUGACUGCAAUUAUGAUUUUGGAGAUUGUGCCGAUGUUCAAUGCGCUCCUGGGUGCUAUACCUGGAUGAUUAAUGAUUGGAUCUGUAAUGAUGCUUGUCAUGUAGAGGCCUGUGGCUGAGAUUCUUAUGAUUGCGAUUGCUCUCCUGGAUGCUUGGAAAGUAUGCUGGGAAAUGGGCAAUGUGACUCUUUAUGCAAUAAUUGGAACUGUUAUUUAGAUGAUUGGGAUUGCGGCUACUGCGCUGAGAGCUGCUACGAAAAUAUGCUAGGAGAUUUGGUUUGUAACCCUGAAUGCAAUAAUAUAGAUUGCUAUUACGACUACAGCGACUGUGGAUGUGCAGAUGGAUGCACAUUGGCGGACUAUGGUCAGUGCAAGCCUGAGUGCCUUGUAGCAGACUGUUAUUAUGACCAAAUCAGCUCUGAUCCCAGUCAGAGAUGCCAAGACGAAGGAUUAGUCAAGUUUGCCCUCUACCAAAGUUUAUCCUGAUGGUGGGACUUUUCACGCACCCCAAUUAUGUCUAUAUGCAAUAAUGAAUCUUCUGGCACAUGUGAUUCUGUGCUGGCUACAGACCCCACGACCUGUCAUCCCGAAUGCGAUUAUAAUACGUGUGGAUUUUCUUUCGGCAACUGUAGCCCUGAAACUGAGCUUACUUGCACCUAUGACUGUGCUUCCUGCUAUGGAGAAGUAGAAUGGGCCUGUCUCAGAUGUGAAGAUUACGCUGUUCAAUAUUACGGAUACUGCUUUUCAUCAUGCCCUGGUGAUAUGGAAGCAAGAACUGUCUUAAGCAGCAAUCCUAUAUGUUUUCCUAUCAUAGACAUCUCUUCUCUUAAAAAUCCUCAAGUUUAUUAUGCAACUUCGGUUAAGACUUAUAACCCAACCGGAGGAGCUGGGACGCUUGAAUCUCCUUUUGAAACUCUUGCUGUGGCCUUAGCAUUUGUUAGAAAGAAAUACUGCGUGAUUUACCUUUUAAAUGAUGGGGACUAUGAGCUGUCUGCUACAGACUCGGCAUAUAAUGUGUAUGGAACACUAAAAUACCCAGACUAUCCUCUUUAUCAAGAUGGGAGCUUAUAUACACUCUAUUUAAAAAUUACGAGCUAUGAUGGGAAUUUAAUUAGAAUAAAAAGAGUGCCAGGCCAAGAUUUAAUGUUGCAGUUUAUUAAUAGUGGUCUUACCUUGGAAAUGGAAAAUAUAAUUAUUGACGGAUCAGAAGUGGACUCUUCCUGUUCAGGCGCAUUUUGCAAUUAUUGUCCUUAUAUAGAACAGCAACUAGAUGGAUCAUUCAAGGAUGACAGAGGAAAUCCAAUUUCUGAAUAUAUAGAUCAGACUGAAUGCCAAAAAUGAGAAACCACAGUACUUUUUGAUGUCGAAGGCGGAACUUUAAACUUAACAAAUGUGUCUUUUCAAAACUGGAGGAUGCAAUUUCAGUCACUUAUCUUCAGUAGAAGCGGCCAAGUGUACCUGAGUAAUGUGGAUUUUGACAAUAUUGUCUCAGCUAGAACAGAGGCAGCUGCUGUUGUAGAAUUUGAAAGUUGUGACGACCCUACUUACCAAUGUGGAAGCUUUAGCUACAAGUCAGGGACAGUUUCACGACUGAACAAUGGCUAUGAAUUUUUAGACCCUGUCGACUUUCGAGGAUUUUUUUAUGCCGGCAAGGUGAAUUCUGUUUUUAUCCAAGACGUCAUCUUCACAAAAAACGUGGUGACUUUGAAAACAGACAGCUCCUUAUCCACCGCAUCUCUGAUAACUUUGAAAAUUUUCAGGACAUUUGAAUUGGAUUCCUGCACUUUUUAUAUGAAUGUCGCUGAAAAUGGACUAAUAAAUAUCCAGGCUAAAGGACUUGUAUACAGAACAGAGCUAAACAGUCAAAAAGAAGUUAAAGAUUUGCUGAUUGACCAUAUAAAUAUUCAUGAUUCCAAUUUUACACAAAAUUGAGGCUCUUCUGCUGGAAUUCUGUCAGCUAGUUAUCAGGGUGAGCUGCAGAACAUAAAAAUUGCUAACUCCUUUUUUAAGCUGAAUGGGGUCCAGAGCGGCUCAUUGGUAUAUAUUUCUAACAAUAAUAUAAAGCAAGAGUUUAAAAUUGACACUGUGAAACCUGUCACUCUACCAAGCGGCCAAAGAGACACUGGAACUUAUCGUGCAAGAUCAUUGAGCAUUUCUGGUCUGACUUUUCUUAACAACUUUUCGGGAGAUUCAGGAAUGGUCAGCCUUACAAAGCUGGUUAAUAUGGCCAUAUAAUUUAAAAAUGAUGUUAUGAACCAACUAUCCUCUUUGCACUUGUGCAGGCAGGCUUAUAUUGGGAGAGCGGGAACCUUUUGAUGCUCGGAAAUAUUAUCCGGACAGAUUUUUGCUGUUUUGGUGUAGUGCAUGUCGGAUAAGCUAAUGCAUGUUCACAUCUUGAUACAUCGGGAGGUGGUCUGUCGAAGCAGAAAGGUGUCGUUCAGAAAAGCCAAUUAGGCACUACCAAGCGCGAUCCUCGGCGUCUAUUCUGGGCUUUGAGUUCAGUUUGUAGGCCAAUUGACCAGAAAAUUCGUUUUUCGAAUUUCUGAACGCUAGCCGCAAGGUGACCCAGCGUAUCAUACUCUUGGGUAGCAGCCCAACUAUCGUUUAUGAUGAUUAGCGUAUUUAAGGCCUUAUCCGGACAGCCAAAUAAGUGGUCCAUACUAAUGAUCAGUCAAGUAGUGGCUUGCGGCUUAUCGGGAGCUUCUCUCUAUAAGCUAGAUUAAUUAAGGCUCGCAUGGUCAUAAAAGACAUGGAGUUGAGUUCAAAUGGAGGGUCUGAAAGCGUUAAAGAAGAUAUAAACACAUUAGUUUUGGAUAAUCUUAUAGCAGACCCUGAUAUUUAUAUGAAAGCAAGGAGCUCAGCAGCUACAAUUGUGGAUUGUGCUUCUUUGAUGGCCGUUUCAGGCUCUGAUAAUGCGACAAUUGAGAAUGCUACUUUAGCCAACAACUAUUGUGGCAGCUCUUCUCCUACUUUUAUAUGCUUCUUUUGGCUGAAUUUGGCAGUUUAGUAACUGAUAGAGGUUAAACUAAAAUUAAACCAACUUAGAUUAAUCGAAAACUCGGCAAAUGUGACUAUUGUCUCUGCAAAUUGUACAGAAAACAUUGGAAAUGGGGCAAAUGCAGCAUGCUUUACUAUUUCUGGACCUUACAAUGUUUCUAUAUUCAACUCGUCGUUUACGCUCAACCACAACUUUCUUGCUUCAAGUCCAGGGGCUUUACAAGUGUCUCGAACCCUUCAAAACUUGACUCUGUCAAACUGCUAUUUUGCAAAAAACAAGGCAGAUUAUGGAGGUGCUUUGCAGUUUCUUGGACAGUUCUUAUUUCUUAAUAACUGCACCUUUGACUAUAAUGAGUCCCCAAGCGAGUCAGGCGGAGCCAUCUAUUACUCCCCAGUUUUGACUACAAAAUACAUCGGAUUCCACGCUAAUUCAGUAAAUUUUACCAAUAAUUAUGCAGAUGUUCACGGAGGCUCAGUUUAUAUGCUGGAAACUUUAUCAGGAAAAGUCCAAGUCGAUUUUCUUAUGACUGAAUGCUACUUUUACAAUAACAGUGCAGCUACCGGCUCAGCCGUUUACUUAGACUCAACAAUAGCCCUAUCUCAGAGCUCCAAAAUUAAGGACUCUUUCUUUAAAAGUAACACUGCCAGCACCUCUGGAGCCCUUUCAGCAUUAUUUUUAAACGGAAUUUUGACUAUUUCCAGCACAAAUUUCUAUAAAAAUCAUGCAAAGUUAGGAGCUGCCUUGUAUGUCAAUAUUAAUGAAGACCAGCAAAACUUGAAAUCUGAAGUAAUCCUAUCCCUUUGUAAUUUCACCUAUAACCUUGGGGAAUCCGUUAUUUACCUUGACGAUUCAAGCCAAUAUUCUUAUAUGGAAACCAGCCAAUGCCGCUUUGAAUACAAUCUUGGGUCAGCCGUUGAGCUUAAUUAUGAUUACUGGAAAGAAGCAGGGUCCAUUUUCCAAUACAACUUUGCCAGUGCUGGAGGAAGCGCUGUAAGAUUAAAAAAUGAAGCUUUGGCAGUAUCGGACGCUUCAAUUUAUUAUAAUAAUACAAGCUCACGGGCUGGCGGAGUCAUCGCAAUAAGCAGCUCUUCUCUUUUUGAGUGCAACUCUUGAAAGAUUAAGAUUAAAAUUAGCCGUUCGCACUUGCAGGGCCAGGGAUUUGCACCCCUACACUCUCACAGCCCAUGGAGCCUAGGCGGACACCCUCCUUUUUGCCACAAAUAAGGGAUUCGCACAACCAGUCUUGACUUCCAUGACUCCUGGAGCCUAAGAGCCAACCACCUGGGUAGAAACUCCCAGUUUCUCGAUGGAAAAAUGCCAUCUCUUGAGUCCUGCUCGAGGGAGCCUCCAUGGUUGUUCUAGAGGUAAAAGUCCAAGUCCCAUGGAUUAACCCCGUAGGGCCCGAGUAAAACCUAGCCCUGACAUGCACAAAGGAUUUUCGACUCUUUUCCACUUAAAUCCCCAAUAAUGGGUCGUUACCUGAAGAUGUGGAGGAAAUAGGGUUGAGAGGUCGGGUGGCACGUUGUCGCCAUUUUUAUGUAUAUGAGUGCAACUCUUGUAACUUUACAGCAAAUUAUGCAGGGACUUCUGGAGGGGUGGUUUUUGCAGAGCAGAGCUCAGAAUUUGUAAUAAAGGAUUCGGUAUUCACAAGGAACUCUUGCGCAAAUAAAGGCUCAAUUAUGUAUCUUUUAGGCUCUUCUUCUCCAGUCUCACAGCUGUCGUCUUCAAAUAUAUAUGGAAAUACUGCUAACGGGGAGGGGGCAAUUGUACUUCUGGAUUCUUCUAUUUCUAUAAAUUCCUCAAGUAUACACGACAACACUGCAGACUCAGCGACACCUGGGCUACUUUUGACGCUUUCCAGCGCCAAUGUAUCAGACUGCGAGUUUUAUUCACAAACAGGUAAACAAGGCAGCUUCAUUUAUGCAUCAACCCAAAGCGCAGUCCAGCUUUCUAAUACCACCCUUAAAUACGGGACUUCCAGUGGCUCUGGAGGUGCUGUUUUUGCGAUUUCCAGCACAGUGGUAUCGACCAACUCCACUUUUCAGCACUUAUCCGCAAACUCAGGAGGCGCCAUUCUUGCCUACUCUGAUAGUACAGUCACUAUUGCUACCACCAAGUUUAUAAAUUGCACUACUGUAGGCACAGGAGCGGUUAUUGACACUUUUCAAAGCUCAGUCUCGAUCCACCACUCAAUUUUCACCAAUUUUUCUUAUACUGCCAUUUAUGGCGACAAGCUAUUCCCUACUUACUUAAUACUUAUUGCAUUUAACGUCCCCUACGGGGUUUCACAAGGUCUUCCCGCUUACUCUUCACUGAAUCCGGCCCACAAGCCUCUGGGGGCAAUUUGCUUCGUUUUACCAGGGUGCACCUUUAGGCAAGAGUUGCCAACUCCGACGGUUCAUGAAUGAGCUACUGUCUUGUGUACGUAAGUUGCCUGCACGGAAAACCCAAAAAAUAGAUUUUCUGGCCGACUCUCGACAAAAAGGAAAAACACUUAGCCUGGGACGUGACGCCUAGUUUCACGCUAGGAAGUUGCCCGAUUGCCCUUAUGGCUUUGCUGGGCUUCCCUUUCCAAACUACUGUGCCUUCCUUCCCUACGAGGUAAAAUCCAUCCCACAAUCUGAACUUAGGCUACGCUCUGCCUCUUGCAGAAUUGCUUACCUAGCAUUGCUGUUCAUCUCCAGAAUGGAAAAACCUUGCCGGAUAUAAUUAAAAUAUGCGCUCGAAGGUAGCCGACCGUGAAGUGCUGAGAUGCCAUAUUUUUUAAUUAUGGUUGCAAGCUAUACCAGCUGUCUAUAACUGACGCUGCAUUUACCUAUGGGUUUGGCAUAUAUGGUGGCGCUCUUUACUGUUCUACCUGCACUGGAAUUUAUAUAAAAUCUUGUCUAUUUGCAUUUAAUAAUGCUACUAUAGGAGGCGCUUUAUAUAUGACGACUCAGUCAGACUCAAUUAUUGACACCCCUUAUUAUAUUGAUAAGUCUAUCUUUACAAAUAACUCGGCUUCUAAAGGUGGCGCUUUUUAUACGAAUAAUGUAAUGGUGAACAUCACAAAUUCAGAUUUUAAGUAUAAUCAAGCUUUGGCAUCUGGGUCUACAAUUGUGGGAGGAGUCAUUGAGUAUGGGAUUGGCGGCGGAUUUGUGCUGGAGUGCACAGAUCUUAGUAUUUGUGAGUUUAAUAUUACCAAUAAUUUUUUUAAGUUUAAAUUUAAUAGAAUUACUCUAGCACAUUUUUGCUUCUUAGUCUUCUUUUACUUGAGGCCCAUCUACAUUAACGGCUCUAAAUAACGGUAGGUGGACCGGCCUAACCGUCAAACUGUUAAAUUAAUAAGCUUCUCUAGUCAGUGCCAGCCUCGCGCCGACUUCUUCUCUUCAAACUGAGACUCCUAAACGCUUGACUUCUCUCACUAAGCUCGGACUAUAGGUCAAUUUUUGUAUAAACAGGUGCUUGAGCUUAUCCUAACUGACAUUUUUAAUAUUGUGUUACCAAUAAUAGCUUUACAGGGAAUGUGGCAAGCUAUAAUGGAGGAGCUUACUCUUGGAGCGACAUAAUGCCGCUUGUGGAAAGCAAUACGUUUAUAAACAACUCUGCACCUUAUGCAGCAGAUGUAUCCUCUUUUCCAGUGUCUUUAGUGUCAGUCGACGAUAGUGGCAAGCCUCACUCCCCCUUCUGUGAGUGAGCAAAAUCAUUAGAAAAAUCCCUAUUUUUAGCUCAUAAACCACCCUCCUGAGCGAAAAAAAUUUUUUAUGGGAAAUAAUUUUGACAUAUAACUAAUAAUUAUUAUUAUGAAAUCUCGGGCUAAUCUAUUUAAUGCUAACUCCCCCCCCCCCCUCCGUGAGCGAACAAAUAAAUUUUGUUCGCUCACGGAGGGGGGUUAAUUUUUUUUUUUAAAAAAAAAUUUAUAUAUAAAUUUUAUAAAAAAUAUUUUUUUCGAAAUUUAAAAAAAUCCUAAUUUGCAAAAAUUGGGAAGCAAAUAUUUAAUUUAAUUUGCAAAAUUUAUGUUUUAAAAACGCAAUUUGUUUAAAAUUAAACAGAAUUAGCUCUAGAUUUCAUUAUACUAAUUAUCACUUAUAUAUCAAAAUUUUUUUCCAUUAAAAUUUUUUCUAUUAAAAAAAUUUUUGUUCACUCACGGAGGGUGGCGAUUUUUCUAAUGGUUUUGUUCGCUCACGGAGGGGGGGGGGGGAGUAAGCAAAUUUUUUUUAAAACAUAAAUUUUUACAAAUUAAAUUAAUAUUUGCCUUCCAAUUUCAAGAAGGGAUUUUUUAAAAAGAAAAAUUAGCCUCCCUCCAUGAGUGAACAAAAUGUUUUUGUAGGGGAGUCAGGAGUAUACAAGACUUUUGUACUCUCCAGUAACCCAGGUGCUGAGUGACAUUGCCUCAGGCCAAAUCGCUUCUACUCCUAUAAAAAUUGCCUUAAUCCCCCCUCGAAGUUCGACCAAGAUGUUUUUGGUCGAACUUCGAGGGGGGUUAAGAAAAAUGUUUUUAAAAAAAUUAUAUAUAUAAUUUAGUAGUUAAAAAAAAAAUAUUUAUCAUAUUCUUCUGUAUGGUUGAGAGGGUGUAAAGGUUAGAAAAAAUAGUGCAAGAUGGUUUUAUAACGCUUUUUUAGAACUUUAAUACAAAAAUCGCAAGCUCACCCCCACAUAGUUUAAAAUUUUUGAAAAAAUUGCUUAUUUUCCUAGUAAAUUUAUAUAGGUCUGGUCGAACUUUGAGGGGGUUAAUUUUCCAAAAAAAUAGGAAUUUUCCCUAUAUCUUGGUCGAACUUCGAGGGGGGGAAAUUAGUUGACCACAAUAACCAAGUGAUCAAAACUGACAACUCCAGCCAAGCCGAACUUAUUGCUCUUGACGGCUCUACAAGCUUAUCAGGCGAGACAAAAGUGACUGCAAUAGAAGGAGUUUUUUAUUUUGACAGCUUUAUAGUAACUUCAAUCCCUGGAAGUUCUAUACAAAUCAAGGUCUAUACCUCAGCUAUUGACACUUCUAAAAGCUCUAAAGCUAAAGACCAAAUUACUUAUCAUGAAAAUAUCUAUGUAAAUAUCACCUUAAGGGAAUGCAAGGUAGGGGAAGCUACCGUUGGGAAUACCUGUGAAUCAUGCCCUUCUAAUUUUUAUAGUCUUGACCCAAGCAAUACCGCAUGCAUUAUUUGCCCAUCCUGCUGCAUUUGUUAUGGAAACUAUACUAUUGUCCCACGGAAAGGGUAUUGGAGAGACAAUAUGUAUGCCAAAACUUUUUGGGAGUGCCCAAAUUCAGAUGCAUGCCUAGGCUCUCCACUACCGCCAAAUAUUUCUUAUACAGGAGUAUGUGCAGAUGGCUACAAAGGAAAUAUGUGCCAGUCCUGCGAUUGAGGCUACUCGAGAACUGCUGAAAACACUUGCAGUCCUUGUCCUGACAAGGUGUCUAAUACUUUUAGAAUUUUUGGAAUCCUUGUCGCAUUGGUUGCGUUAUGUGCGAUUAUGGUAAAAUCUACACGAAACUCAGCAUUCAAGCCUAAGUCACUGACAUCUGUAUAUAUCAAGAUUUUCAUGAAUUAUUUGCAGCUGGUUAUGCUUGUGUCCACUUUUAACUUAAACUGGCCAAGCCAGGUGAUUGCUAUUUUUAGUGUCGAAAACAUAUAUAUAAAAUGACCGAAGACGAGGAACCGUCCCUCCUUGACGGAUGACCUUAUGUAUACGAACGUUGUUUUUGGAUGUGGAGAGUUACUCAAAAGAAGAGUUAGCCUCGAGGAAAAGAAGCCCAGCACAAUUUCCGCUGAUUUUGUGACAUGACUCAGGCAGCAGAUUUAGCAUUCUUUUUGCCAGUAGCGCUGAGGCCCAGACUCGGUGUCCGAAAGAGGCAGAGUUGCCUGCCUAGGCUACUUGGUGGCUUCUCCCCGAAUCCCGCAAGGGGUUGAGUUCUUUCUUGGAGAGACUCAGGAAAAGAGGGGAAGAUAAAGCUCGACAAGAUAUUCCAAGGGCACAAGUCUCUCCAGUCGAAAAGGGUCCCGAUAUAAAGAGUCAAUAUGGCCGAGGUAAACAGGAUUGGGUAAUUCUGGUGACUGAGCUGGAAAUGGUGGUUCCCGGCAAAAUCCGUAUGACUCGGAUCAGGAGGGAAAAAAUCUCUACUGAGAAACCGGGGUUUCGGCUUGGGUUCAAGACGCCUUCAGGGAGCCCACACUCCCACACCGCAGCGAGCGCUGCGAAACGUGUAGGCUUGGAAGUGGAGACUAUAAAUACACAUCUUAAAUCUAAUCUAAUAUCUAAUUUAGUGUCCAAAACAAUGCUGGCUCAGUCAGUGAACAAUUUUUCUCAUUUGACUGUUUUUUGCAAGCAGGCGGCUCCCCAGACCAGGUGUAUUACAAUAAACUGAUUUUUAUGAGCUUGCUGCCUAUUUUGGUAGCUAUUUUGUGUCUCUUGGCGUGGUGCUUAAUAAAAUGCAAAAAGAGGAAUUUCCGGAACCUAUGGAAUGACUAUGUGUCUACCUGCAUUAUUUUGCUAUUUUUGUUGCACCCUAAUAUUGUCAAGACGAUGUUUGGAUCUUUUAAUUGUAAACAAAUUAAUGACGGAGAAUAUUGGCUGGUAAGCAAUAUGGACAUCAGAUGCUGGAACUCAAAUCAUAUAUUUUACAUCUUAUUGGUAGCUUUGCCAUCUAUAAUAGUAUGAGGAAUAGGGAUCCCUGCAAUUUGUUUAAUGGGACUGAUGAAGAAUAGACGGAAUCUGAAUGACUUAGGCGUCAGGUUGAAGUUUGGGUUUUUCUUCAACGGGUACUCUGGCAAGUGUUAUUACUGGGAAUUCGUGAUCCUCUAUCGAAAAAUUUUAGUCAUUUGUUGCUCAGUCUUUUUGACAAACAUUUCCACUAGUAUUCAAGCCUUGACAGUCACAAUUUUACUUAUAGCCUGCUUACAUCUACAAUAUACGCAUCAGCCUUAUAAUGGAACUCAGUUGAAUCGAAUGGAGCUGCGGUCAAUUUUAGUUUCCUCUAUUACUAUAUAUUGUGGGCUUUAUUUUUUAACCGAGUCUCUUAGCAGUGAAGCCAAGCUCUUUUUCUUCUGAAUCAUCGUUUUAGCAAAUAUCUAUUUUCUCUAUUAUUGGGUCAAUAAAAUGUUUGGGGCUGGCUGCCAAAUCAUAAGUAACAAAAUUCCUUGUUUAAGGAAAAGAUUUUCAAGAAGAGUCAAUGAUUUAUUAGAAGAUAAAAUUUUUGAAAACAAUGAAGGGAUGCAGCAUGUAAAAGUCAAGGACGGAGAUAAGUUCUUUUCGCUAAUUUAUGGAGAUGGAGAAAAUAGCUUAAAAGUGCAGCCGUUUCAGCCUGAGCUGACAAUGAAAGAUUGGUUUUUGCAUAUGGUAGAAGACCAGAACAAGCUUGGGACUGACCAAAAUAGGGGAAGUGGAGUAGCAAAUACUAUGGUAGUGGAUAGUAAUAAUGUAUCUAUUGAAACUUUGGAUGAUUUUACAGAGACAGGGAGAGUUGUUUUUCCAUUGAGGCACCACAAGUCAUCUCCAAGAUUGUAA